AUGUUUGAGUUGAUCCCUAACUCAUAAAAAUUGUUAUGGUUUCCUUGUUGUUCUGCUACUUUUAACUUAAUUGAAUUAUUAAAAUUGAAAAUUGAGAAAGGACGGCCGCAAGAGUAUGGGGGAAGAAUCGCCGAUGAACGACUACGAAGGAGGCCUUGGAGGCGGAGGAGACGACGACGACGAGGUCCAGGAAUGGGAAGCUGGACUGCCCAGUGCAGACGAUCUCACACCCUUAUCUCAGUCUCUGAUCCCUAUGGAGCUCGCCUUGGCUUUUAGUAUAUCCCCAGAGCCCUGUCGAAGCGUGCUCGAUGUGAAUCGCGCCUCGCAGAAUACUCUAUCCAGCCUCUGCCGCCAGUCUCAGCCUUUAUCCUCCAGCCACCUAGGGUCUUUACCUUCCUUCGCCGAUGGCCCAAGUCAUGACCCUUUGGUCGUUGAAGGUGACGAAAAUGAACCUGAGAGUGCCACUCACGACAGCUCCGAUGCUCGUAAAGUAAGGAGACUCGACACCGCUGAAGAGUCAGAUUCGGCUUUGCCAAACGAUAAUUCUAACAAUAAUAAUGACGAUCAGUCUGCUCGGACCUUGAAAAGGCCCCGAUUAGUGUGGACUCCGCAGCUUCACAAGCGAUUCGUCGAUGUUGUCGCGCAUCUGGGUAUUAAGAACGCCGUGCCCAAGACCAUCAUGCAACUCAUGAACGUGGAGGGUCUAACCCGAGAGAACGUCGCCAGCCAUCUCCAGAAGUAUCGUUUGUACCUGAAGAGGCUGCAAGGCUUGUCCAACGAGGGCCCCUCUUCUUUGGAUCAUCUCUUCGCAUCAUCCCCUGUGCCUCCUCCGAUGCCAUAUCCUGCGCCUUUGCUGCCAAUGCCGGUACUUGGUGUCGCCCAUGGUCAUGGCCAUACGAGGAUGCCCGUCGGUAAUCCACCAGCCCCUCCUCCUACCUAUCAUGGCUUCGACUCGCAUCAUUCCUAUAACAACAUGUUUCGUGAGCGGCAGCAGCAGCGAGAUUGA